AUGAGCUUAGAUAUAGAUGCUCUCAUCAAAAACCCAGCAUACAGGGAACUAUUCCAAAUCAUCAAAUCCAUGAGAAAUGGUGCUGUUUAUGGUGGUCGUUUAAGGUUUGCACAUUCAUUAGUUAUUCAAUUAUUAUUCAGAAGAACUGUUCCAUUAGACAAGAGAUUAAAAUUAGUUUUCAAACAAUCCAAAGAUCAUGGAUUGAUCUUGGCUUCAUUUGCUUUGGUUUAUAAAGUGUUGAUGAUUGCAUUGAAACAGAUUAAUGGUGGUGCUCCAAUAAAUGAAUUCAUAUCUGGAUUCAUAAGUGCAAUGUUAGUCUAUGGUAAUAGAACCACGGUUUUCAAUCAUUCAAUAGCUCAUCAAAUUACACUUUAUUGUUCUGCUAGAGUUCUCUUAGGCUUGGGGAAAAUGUUGGCUUAUAAAAUUGCUAAAACUCUUAAAGAAGAGAAGAUAUUUAAAGAUAAAAAGUUAAUUCGUGGUAAUAUUCAAACAAAUACUUGGACUUUAUUUGCAAGUGUAUCAUGGGGGCUUGUUAUGUAUUUACAUCGUUAUUAUCCUUCUUUCUUACAACAUGGAUUGGAAUCAAGUAUGGUUUAUAUUUAUGAUGAUUUUAAAUGGAAUGAUUUGAGAUCUUUAUUAGGGUAUUGA